AUGGUCGAUGUUCGGUUAUCGAAAGGAUUAUUCCUUAUGGUUUUACAUUCAAUAAUUGUUGCAGCUCUACAAAACACCAACAACAAUUCAGCUAGUGGUAUUUCGAAUUGCAGUUCCCCAGAAUCUGAUGUUUGGUGCUGUAAAUGUAUAACAAAAAAGUUGAAUGGUCUGGGUAAUGAAACAAAUGUUAUUAAAGGUAUUGAAUUCUUUCCCGUUGAAGAUAUUUUGGAUGGACUUGUGUUAUAUCCGGAUUACUCAGAUUUAAAAGAUGCUGACAACAACACUAUUUUAAAUCAAUCCAAUAUUACCAAUUCUAAUAAGACGACUGUGGAAAGUCAAGUUGGCAUUUCCCAUGCAACUUACACUCGCUUGAAUAUUGUCAUGGGACAUAUUUGGUUCCCACUGUGUGCAGUUGGACUAGUUGCUAAUAUAUUCAACGUAGUUGUUUUCUUAGACAAGAAGAUGAGAAAUGCUACUAGUAUUUAUCUGGCGUCUAUUAGCAUUUUUCAGUCUACUUUUAUGAUUGUUACAUCCAUAAGAAGGGUUCCUCAAUUGAUAUAUGGUGAGAUAGAGCAACGGACCACCAAAUUCUAUUACGUCAAUGUUAUUUACUUGAGCAGUUUUGGAGGCACUACCUUAAUAAGAGUGGUAUACUGCAUGGUUAUGUUAGUGGCGUUUGAAAGAAUGCUAGCCAUAUUAUUUCCUCUCAAAAGAGCUAGAUCCCGAUUAGUCAAGUCUCCAGUUCUAUCUAUUGUUACUCUGUUAUUCGUUUCCCUUGGUUUUCACACUUUUACUACCCUUAACUUUCGUAUCUCCACGUACCAAAGUGAAACCGGAGAGGCCAUUUACGCAUUAAAAAGGACCGAAUAUGAUCAAGUUGUUCUGAAUAAUUUUAGUGUGGCAUCCAAGGUACUUUUCGUCUACAUUCCACUGACUGGUAUCUUUAUAUUUAAUAUGAUUUUGUGUGUUUCACUUAGACGAAGCUCGCAAUCUAGAAAGGAUCUUCAUGAAGUUAACGAAAAUAAAGGAAGAGAAAGACAAACGACCAUUGCAAUAUCAGUUUCAACUUUUAUGUUCUUAAUGCUCAAUAUACCGAUGAGUACGAAUUCUAUUUUUGGCAAAUUGUUGUCUGGAUAUGGUUACUUCUCACCAUUAAGAUACACGUUCUUGUUUGUACAGGAAAUGGGUAACAUACUAAGUUUAAUCAGUUACUGUGUGGAUUUUGUUACCUAUACAUGUAUGAGUAAUAAAUACAGAGAGACUUUGACGAGAAAAUGUUGCCCAUGUCGAUAUCGGCAGAGGCUCGAAAAUAGAUCAUUAUAUGGUGUGCCAAGUGUUCAUUCGGCAACGCACCACUCAGUAGUGUAA